AUGUACGGACGCGCACAGAUUGUCCAGCUUGGUAGCCAACAUAUCGAUGAGAGAACAAUCUCUGCCAUACCCGGGGGCGACAUCGGCGAGCAUCGUCUUGCUGUAACUGGACGGGAUCGCAACAACCGGCGUCCAAUAUCCUCCAUUUUGGGCUGCCCGUGGCCGUCAAGGGACGUGGUGUGCACGCUUAUGGAAGAGUAUUUUGAUGCCGUUCAUUGGUUCUCGUUGGUCAUCUACGAGCCGAAAUUCCGCACCAAGUUUCAGUCCAUUGAGGAUGGCUUUGCCAGGCCAUCACAAAAGGCAUUCCUCAUUCUUUUAUCCGUGAUGCUUGGUAUGGCUGCAUGGUACCGAUCACAGAAGAAAACGGUGGAGACGGAUCAUCCUGGCGAAGACUGGACAAGUUGGAGAUCGAAACUGCUCGAGAACGCUGAGUCUCACUUGGUGGAGCUGAUGGAUCAAAGCUCAAUUACCAGCGUGCAAGCCUGCAUCUUAUUGGGCUCGUAUUACGUUUAUCACGGCAGACCUAAUCUCUCUUUCGCGCUGCUAGGAGCAACUAUCAAAACCGCCCAAGCCAUCGGGCUUCAUCGGGAAGUUCUGUCCGAAGGACCUGACGAUCUCGAAGAAAAGAAAAGAGUUUGGUGGACCAUUUAUACCUGGGAUAGAUUUGCCACAACAACUUACGGCAGGCCUCUCGGAAUCAACGACAAGGAUUGCAAUGUCACUAUGCCUGCCGACGUUCAUGAGUGUCCCUACUUCAAGAGCGGCUCCUCCGACCGCGCUGGUUCCCCAGUUUGUUUCUCGACCUACCAGCGGGAGUUAAAUGAGCUUUACAUGAUCGCCUCGCCGAUGAUCAAGACCAUCUUUGGUGCACACAGCAUGAAUUCCGUGGAACAGGCCACCGACAACCUUUACAGUACACCUGUCAAGACUAUAACCGAAAAGCUUUGGAAUUGGCGGCAGCGCUUACCGCAUCAUCUGGUGCUUGACCUUGAUCGCGAAUCUAAUCUCGACAUGUCUUCAACCCAGAGGAUCCACCGCUUGCAGGCUCUAGCUCUACAACUCACGUUUGAUAAUUUAAUUAUUAUCCUUCACCGGCCCUUCCUUGCUCAGCAGGUCAACUUUCUCAGCAGAAGCUACUCAGGACAGGAUCAGGCCAGAACCCCUUCAUCACCCCAACUCUCUUCUCCAACAUAUUUCUCCGCAUCUCAUACCGACCACCGGGUCACCUCGCAGCUGAACUCGCAAUCCCCUAGUCCCGAGCAAUGGUGGAAUGCGGCAGUGAGAACUUCAAGAGUGACCGAAUUACCACAACUUGCUCAACUCGCUACCGACAGUCACCUGGUCGCCUUCUUAGCCAUCAAUCUGUUCAACUCAGCAAUCGUCAUGGUCGUGAUGGCUCUCUCCGAUCCUCUUUCUGACAGAGCGCAGGAGGCAAAGCGAACCAUCACACGCAUAUUCCGGCUGCAAGAGCUCCUUGGCAAGCGGUCUAUGCUGUCUAUGCAGAGCAGCGUCGUUCUCAGAAAGGUCGUCCACAUGCUGCUACAGCGUGAAGCGGAAGCCAUGUUAGCUCCUGUCACCUCCUUACAGCCAACCUCGGGAGAACAUCGUCGCGAGCCGUCGGGAGCGUCUACUCCGGGGCUUAUCUCCGUUGAAGACACUCUUCGCCUUCCUCUCGAUAUGCCGGCGGAUUUGGUCAAUCAUUUCCCGGUUGGCCAGGAGCACAUCAGUGUGGACAGGGCUAUGAGACUGAACGAAAGCCUGGUAUCGAUACAGCGAGCUUUGCCUAUCGGCUCCCAUGGUGCCCAGUAUCUCAAUGGCUCCGGUAGCGGAGAGGCGGUCCAAGGCCAAUCAGUUUCCCAGUAUGCACAACAGACAGGGAAUGAAGCAUGGGCAUACGGCAAUUAUGGGUUCAAUGUCGCCACAGGAGAGCCCGGAGAGCCCUCGGGUGACGAAAGUAGUGUCGACCUCAGUGGGAACGGGCUCUACUGGUUCUGGGACACUGCUUGGGGAGAGCCGCACAUGUAA